AUGGGCACUGUGGGACAUGUCACCGUCAUCUUUGCGCCAAUCAUCUUCAUGACCCAGACGCCCAUGCUUGCAGACGAGGAUUAUAUCAACCAUCUGGCGAGAACAAGACACUUCGAGCUGCUCCAGGAAGCUCUGGAGGUGCUGGAUGUACGGGGCACCGCGGAGGCUCUUCGGUCCGGACGCCGCAUCUCUCAUUGCGCCGAGUUGGAGUCAAGGUCUCUCCCAGCCGGCUGGUACAACGUCCAUGUACCGAUCAUAUUCGAUGAUGGCGUCAAGUGGGUAGCACGUAUUCGGCAGGGUGGCUUCCACUCUGGGCCUCGCGAUAUUGGAAGGGCCAUAUUGCUCGGAGAGAUCGACGUCUUGAGGUGGCUGAAGGACGUUGUAGGAGCGCCUGUUCCGAAGGUGAUGUCGGGGUUGAGGAUCGACGGACCAGCCGAUUACUAUUUCCAAGAGUUCCUACCUGGAUCAACCUACGAACCCGACUUCCAUCGCACUAUCGCCGAGGCAAAGCUUCGUCGCACCAUCACCGAUCUCGCUCAAUUCUUCCUCCGUAUCUCGGACCAUCCCCUGUCCGGCAUCGGCUCUCUCUACGCCGACGGACACGGCUUGAACGAAUGGACUGUCGGUCCUCUCAUCAACAACAUAUGCGUCAACAAAGAACGUCCUUACUUCCCCGGACCGUUCAACACAGCGGGAGAGAAAUGGGCAUGCAUCUUCAACGACUACCUCAAGGCCAUCCAGAUGCGGUCUCUACACUCUACUCGUACCAAGCUCGCCUAUUACAUAUACCACUGGGUGCGCCAGGCGGUGUUAUCCUAUCCCCCAUACAACAUACCGAACGAGCCGACCUUCCUACUGCAUGAAGAUAGCAAGUGGGACAUCAUGAUGGUUGACGAGGAGGGGGCAAUCCGGGGUCUGAUCGACUGGGAGAGGGCAUCGGUGUCGAUAGGAGCGGAGGCAUUUGCCGCUCCCUUCGGCCUGAUGAACAGCGAAGCCAUCUUCUCCGGCGACAACACCCUCUCCGCGGCCGAAGUACAGCUCGCCAACACGUACCGGACUCUUGGUCGCCCGGAUCUCGCUCGGUAUGUCGAGGGCGGAAAGGUGUACCAGCGGCUGGCUUACAUCUGCUCGGGAGGCGACGCCUGGUCGGGAUAUCCGCAAUUAAGAGGUCUGGGUCAGGCGAUGGGGUUGGUGAUGCCGGAUAGUAUGGAGGAGUUCAUGGAGCUACAGGAACAGAAGUACAAGGAGGAGCUAGAGGAGCUCAUGAGCAGUGAUACCGCAGAAUAG